CCGUGAUUCGGCGGCCGCUCGGACCGCGGGCCCGGCCCCUCCGCCCUGCAUUGGUCGCCGGCGGGGAUAAGAGCGCCGGUGCCCGCGGGUACCGCAAGGAUGAAGGCGUCCUGGUUCGGCGUGGAUGUGGCUCGGGUGCUGCACUUAGCCGCCGUCUUCUGCCUGACGUGCGUGCUGCUGAAGGCCAUCCAGCUGUACCACCGGCGGCGGGAGCUGCUGCGGGCUCUGUCCCCAUUCCCCGGGCACCCCACCCACUGGCUGCUCGGGCACGUUCAGGAGUUUCUCAAUGAAGAAGAUCUGCUGGAAAAGGCAGAGACCUGGGCACAGAAGUACCAAUAUGCCCACCCUGUCUGGUUCGGGAGUUUCUCAGCUUUCUUGGUGGUCUCCAACCCUGAAUAUGCCAAAGCCAUUUUUGCCAGAGGAGAUCCCAAGGAUAACCUCAGCUAUAAGCACCUUAUCCCAUGGAUUGGGAAUGGCUUGCUGAUCCUACACGGGCCCAAAUGGCACCAGCAUCGGAAGCUCCUAACACCAGGCUUUCAUUAUGACGUCUUGAAGCCUUACGUAGCCCUCAUGGCAGAGUCCACCAAUGUGAUGCUGGAUAAGUGGGAAAAGGUGAUCACAAAUGGGAAAUCGGUGGAGCUCUUUGAGCAUAUCAGCUUGAUGACUCUGGACAGCAUCAUGAAAUGUGCCUUCAGCUACUACAGCAACUGCCAGACCGACAGGCAGAACACCUACAUCCAGGCUGUCUAUGACCUGUGCCUGAUGGUGCACCAGCGACUCAGCAUCUUUCCUUACCACAAUGACUUCAUUUACUGGCUCAGCCCCCACGGAUAUCGGUUCAGGAAGGUUUGCCAGCUUGCUCAUGACCACACAGACAAAGUGAUCCAGGAGCGAAAGGAGUCCCUUAAAGAUGAACGGGAGUUUGAGAAGAUCAAGAAGAAGAGGCAUUUGGACUUCCUGGACAUUCUGCUCUGCGCCAAGGACGAGACCGGAGCUGGCCUGUCUGAUGAAGACCUGCGUGCUGAAGUGGACACGUUCAUGUUCGAGGGGCAUGACACCACAGCCAGUGGGCUCUCAUGGGUCCUGUACUGCCUGGCAUCACACCCUGAGCACCAGGCACGGUGCAGGGAGGAGAUCCAGGACAUCCUGGGCAGUCGGGACACCAUUCAGUGGGAAGACCUGGGGAAGAUGACCUACAGCACCAUGUGCAUCAAGGAGAGCCUUCGCCUCUACCCCCCAGUGCCUGGUGUGUCCCGGCAGCUCAGCAAGCCCAUCACCUUCCAUGAUGGUCGCACCCUGCCAGAAGGCACUAUCACAGCAAUAAGUAUUUAUCUCAUUCACCGAAAUCCAUCGGUGUGGAAGGAUCCUUUGGUUUUUGACCCGCUGCGGUUUUCUCCAGAGAAUGUAUCUGGCAGGCACUCUCACGCCUUUCUGCCUUUUGCUGCUGGAACGAGGAACUGCAUUGGGCAGCAGUUUGCCAUGAUUGAGAUGAAGGUGGCCCUGGCGCUGAUCCUGCUCCGCUUCGAGCUGUCCCCUGACCUCACCAAUCCCCCCCAGAAGAUACCUCGGAUCAUCCUUCGCUCCAAGAAUGGCAUCCACUUGCACUUAAAGAAAAUCCAUUGAUGCUGGAAAAUGGCCUGAGCAUCAGUGGGAGGGACCGAGCAGACCGGGAUGAAAUGUUUGCCUGAGAUACAAGGUUUACAGCAGCUCGGGAUACGAGGAUUCCUCCGCUCCUGCGUGGCUGCCAGCAGUCAAACUUGUCCCUGUGGGCACCCCAGUGCCUGCAGGUCAGCUCAGGGCUGACCUCACCUCUCUUCUCUCUCUCUAUGCCUGAUUGCACUCAAUGCACUGGUUACAGCUUGGGCUUGGAACUUUUGCUCAAGCUGCAAAAUAUGAUGUAAUUUUUGCAUUAAUAAACCAUUGAUUCCUGCAACA